UUUAUGAUCCCCAUAUUUUAUUUUUGUUAAACAAAGAUCAACGCUUUUCUAUGACUUUUACAUUCUGAUAAAGUGCUCAUGAAAUCCGCCCAAAAACCUCUUCGAUCAAUAAAACAAAUGCACCAAUCUCCAUGCCUUGACCUACAUUUUUAUUUCUCAAAUUAGAUACCAAGCAACAGUUUAGAUUAUUCCGUUUUCUUGAAAAGAGUUGAAAUGUGAACUGUGGAAAAGCACUUCUCAAACAGCUGCUUUUUUUUUUCUGUAGCAGAAAGAUAUGAGGAAACCAAAUGUUUUCAAGAACUUGGGAACAUGGAGAGGAAGAGUUCGCAGCUCAAUCUUUGCAUUAAGUGCUUUUGCUCUUCUCAUCUCUGUUGUUACUUUAUCCAAAUUCAACUCUAUCGGAUCGUUUCACGUCACCGAUACGCUCUGCGGUUACGUAAAUUCUGAUCAGAGUCCAAGCAGGAGCGAUGGCCAUGUCACAAAAACGCUUGAAACUGUAAUCCAGAAAAUCGAAACAGAACUUAAGAAUUUGAGAGAUUCGCAACCAGAGGCGUCACACGGACUUGUGUUGAAAUACAGUUCCUUUCUUGCUGAUGUUCUGGGGCUUAUUGAGUCAGUGCAGACAUCUGUCACAAAUGAAGAGACUCACAAGGUAAACAGUGGGAGCGAAGACAUUCAUCCGCUCUUAAAACCGAAGCAGCAAUCCGAUGAACCUGCUAAUUACUUUCUGACCGAAGAGAUUCGAAAGUACGUCAAGAUCAAGCCGAACAGAUUAGGGAAGCAGAAUUUCAUGGGAGCCAAUGGGACUUUCACCAGCAUCGGCCAUGCUUGCUUUGCUAUGAAGAAAGAGCUCGAAGAGUACAUGGACUAUGACAUCGGCGACAUUUGCAACGAUGACUGGAGGCUGGCUCAGAAGCUGAUGAUUCACGGAUGUGAUCCGCUUCCGAGGAGGAGGUGCUUCUCCAGAGCCCCAAAGCUAUACAGCACGCCGUUUCCAAUUCGUGAGUCCAUGUGGAAGCUCCCUGAUGAUAGAAAUGUCCGCUGGAGUAACUACAUUUGCAAAAACUUUACUUGCCUCGCAAGCAACAAAACUCGGAAGGGGUUCUUCAAAUGUGCAGAUUGCUUCAAUCUUGCAGGCCACGAAAAGCCAAGAUGGAUCCAACCAGCAAACCUAGAAGACUCCAAUUCGAAUGUAACCACAGAUUUUCUCAUCCCUGAAGUGCUCGAAAUCAAGCCCGGGGAGAUCAGGAUUGGGCUCGAUUUCAGCGUAGGAACUGGGACUUUUGCAGCAAGGAUGAGGGAGUUCAAUGUGACUAUAGUCUCGGCAACUAUCAAUCUUGGAGCACCUUUCAACGAAAUGAUAGCGCUGCGUGGACUUGUUCCGCUUUACCUGACAGUAAAUCAACGGCUUCCAUUUUUCGAUAACACCCUUGAUUUGAUCCACACCACGAGGUUUCUAGACGGAUGGAUAGAUCUCGUGCUACUGGACUUUGUUCUUUAUGAUUGGGACAGAGUUCUGAGGCCGGGCGGAUUCUUGUGGAUCGACAGCUUCUUUUGUUUGAAGGAGGAUUUGAGUGAUUAUUUGGAAUCCCUGAAGAUGCUGAGGUACAAGAAGCACAAAUGGGUUGUUGUUCCAAAGCUUGAUAAAAGUGAUGAUAAGGAAGUUUUCUUCUCUGCUCUAUUAGAGAAGCCGGGAAGGCCGUUCCGGUAAAUUACAGAUUGAUCAUAUGUCUCUCACAAUUACUAUUGAUUUUUUUAUGAGCUUAAGAUUUUGAUUGUGAUGUUAUAAUUGUCAUUACAGUUAGAUGAGGUUGCUCUCAUAGAAGGGAAAAUUUUAUGCAAAAUCCAUCUUUGUUUCUUUUGACAAUACGAUAUUACUAAACGACUCCAAGUUAUGGAAAAGAGGAUUUGAAUUUGGAUGCUAGAGAGUGGAAAUUGCGAUGAUCAG